AUGGGAGGUUUUCCAGAGGAUUACAACAUUCCGGUCUCCAAGCUCACCAAGUUAUGGGUAGCUGAAGGAUUUCUAAGACUGAAUGGGCCUAAAAGCUUAGAAGAUUUAGCAGAGGAGUAUGUGGAAGAUCUUGUUAAAAGAAAUCUUCUUUUGGUCACUCGGAAGAGAUCCAAUGGAAAAAUUAGAUUCUGCAGGUUACAUGAUCUCUUGAGGGACUUGAGCAUACGGAAAGCUCAAGAAAAGGAAUUUCUUCAUGUCGUCAACACUUGUGUGAGAGGCAUCCAAAACCGGCAUCGUCUGAGUAUCCACUCUGUUAUUUCUCAUGAAUUUCUGGAUGAGUACGCCCGUGCCUCGCCUAUCCAUUCUGAAAAUCUCUUGCUCCCUUUAUCAAUUUCAAAACUAAAGAUUCUUCAGACCUUAAUGAUACGUGUAUACGGAUGGGAUACAAGUGAUAGCAUAUUAGUUCUACCAUUUCAGAUAUGGGAAAUGCCAAAAUUAAGGCAUCUUAUCUUUUUCCAAGGAAGCAUGUUACACACUCCUUCGGCUGCUGCACCAAGUGGCGGGCAAGUUCUAGAAAAUCUGCAAACACUCUAUGUGGACAACUUCAGAUUCACAAGCAAUACCAUUGAAAUGAUUCCGAACUUAAAGAAGUUGAAGCUUUACUAUGAUGAUGCGUCCACAGCAAAGUGGGCAAAGUAUUGCCUCAACAAUCUGGUCCAUCUGUGCCAACUUGAAACUCUGAAUCUCAUGUUUACCUUUAUGUUGAUGUGUGAAGUGGAUCCUUUCCCUGCAAGCUUUGCUUUCCCACCCAAGCUUAAGAAGUUAACUCUAAGCAAAUGCAGACUUCCUUGGCAAGGUAUGGCGGUUAUUCGUUCGUUGUUAAAUCUUGAAGUACUCAAAUUAAGAUACAUAGCCAUUAUAGGGGAAGAGUGGGAAUACAGUGAUGGGGAAUUCCAAAGGCUGAAAUUCUUGCUGAUGGAGAAGUUAAAUCUCAGAAGUUGGUCAGUAGAAAGCACUCACUUCCCAUGUCUUGAGCGCCUGGUCAUCAAACAGUGUCUACAACUAGAGGAUAUCCCUUGUGAGAUUGGGGACAUACCAACACUUGAGUUGAUUGAGGUAGACGGAGGAAGCAAGUCUGCUGCUGAUUCAGCAGUAUUCAUACAAGAAGAACAAAGAAGCCUGGGAAACGAUCUCCUUCAAACCGCGAAUCUUGUGGUGGAAAAACUGUUGAUAUAUGGAAGUGUUAGUGCGAGAAGAAGAUCAAACAUGGCUUAUGCUGCUCUUGUUUCUCUAGCUCAAACACUAGAGCAGGUAAACCAUCAUCAUCGAUAUUGUUGUAUUCCUCCAAGUGAGGAGCAACAGUUGGAAUCCCUCCAAGAAAAGUUAAUCUUCUUGCAAGCUUUUCUGGAGGAUUAUUCGCAGACUGGUGGAGAAACAGUUGAAUGA